AUGGAGUUAAAGCCAGUGAAACUCCACUCUGACCCAAAAGUUCAGCUUGAAGUCCAGGGAGGGAAACCAUGGGUCUAUUUACCAUGGGUCUAUUUAUCGGUUGCCCACAUUCGGACGGACGGCUACCAAAACUGCAUUCGGACAUAUGGCUAUGGAUUCAGACAGAAGGCAGAUUCCUAUGUUCCACUCUUUGCGUCUUUUGGUCACAACUUGCUAGGCCUGUGUGUGUUCAGUCCUCUCCAAUCUCAAACGGCAGGCAACAUCAUCCUUGCACUGGAGAAGAAGGGGAAGCUUCGACCGCUCUGUGGAUGGAUGCAAAUACCACUGUUUUUCUUCCCAGCGGUUGACUCCUGUUGACAGCUUUUUCUUCUCUGGAAAGCAAAGUUCAUUUUGCCACAAGAUUCAUCUUGUGAUACUAGGCUGCAGGCAAAAGCAAAAGAGACAGCACAGUAUACCAUCUUGUGAUAAGCCAUUACAAGACAGAAAGCGAGACUGAAUGAACAUCAUCCUUGAAGCAAUGAAUAGCACAACUGUACUUCCACAUGCUACUGUUGCCUAUGAAAUGUCAAAGAACUUCCGUCAGAAUGUGCAUGAUCCCCAAACAGAAGCCUUGCAGAGAGGAAUGCUCAUUGUCUCCAUGGUGAUCUACAGCCUUGCCUUUGUCUUGGGGGUCAUAGGGAAUGGGCUGGUCAUCUUCAUCACUGGCUUCCGUAUGAAGAGGACGGUCAACACUGUCUGGUUCCUCCACUUGGCCAUCGCUGACUUUGCCUUCACCCUCUUCCUGCCCCUGAGUGUUGCCUACGCAGCCCUGGGCUUCCACUGGCCAUUUGGCCGGGCCAUGUGCAAGAUCAACAGCGCCUUAGCCUUCCUCAACCUCUACGCCAGCGUUUACCUCCUCAUGGUCAUCAGCAUAGACCGUUGUCUUUCCGUGAGGUUCCCAGUGUGGUCUCACAAUCACCGGACACCCCGGCUGGCUUCUUUUGUGGUCUUAGGUGUUUGGAUCCUGGCUUUGGUGCUGUCUUGUCCUAAUCUCUAUUUUAGGGACACUGAAUUAAAUAAAAAAAAUAUGAGGAUAUGCUUUAACAAUUAUGGUAACACCGACAAAGAAAAAUAUUUAAAGCACCGUGCCAUGAUUAUCAGCCGGUUCAUCUUCGGAUUUGUCAUCCCCUUCAGUAUCAUUGUUUUUUGCUAUGGGGCAAUUGUCUUGAAGCUCCGAAGGAACGAGCUGACUCAAUCCAACAAGCCCUUCAAGGUCAUCACAGCAGUGAUUGUGGCCUUUUUUGCCUGUUGGUUACCCCAUCACAUUUUUUCUUUCAUUGAGCUACAAUUGAAUAAGCAACCUGAACUCCAUGUGGUGGUCCUUAUUGGAGUUCCCCUGGCAUCCAGCUUGGCUUUUGUCAACAGCUGUCUCAACCCCAUCCUGUUUGUCUUCAUGGGGCACAAUUUCAAGGAGAGGCUGAGACAUUCGCUCUUUUCUGCAUUUGAGAAUGCCUUCAUUGAGGAUGGCAGACAGAACACAACAUACACCAAGGCCAGACCCUCAGUUGAGCUGCAGCUCUUAUCAUGAAUGUGAUUGCUCUCUGCAUUUCUAACAGUUCCUGUCUUCAGAUCAAGAUUACUCAUUGCAUUCGUUCUGAAUCAGCUCCACUCAAUCAAUUUUUGUGUGCACUGGAUCCUUGCUUUUGGUCUUGGUUCUCUCAACUGAAUUUGAUGUGCAAAGAUUUUGAGGAAGUCAGUCCCCUUCCCCAUGAUCCAGGAAAGAUGUUCUGUGCAUGUAGCUGAUAUGCAUCUACAUGCACAUCUACCUAUCAGAGUUCAUCUGAUCCCUACGGAAAUUAAUGGAUGGGCCUAAGGCAGAGACUGGUGUGUAUUCUCAUGUAGAAUCUAGCCCUAGAACUGCAGUUGGAACAGAGCCCAAAUAUCUAUCUAUCUAUCUAUCUAUCUAUCUAUCUAUCUAUCUAUCUAUCUAUCUAUCUAUCUAUGCAAUCAUAUAUAUGGUCAAAACUCGAGAGGCAAUUUUGAUCUGCCUGUUCUGGAUAGGGUCACACUUCCCCAGAAGAAACAGGUACGCAGUCUCGUGGUGCUUCUGGAUCCAAGUCUCUCCCCUGGUGUUCCAGGUUGAGGCAGUGGACAGAAGUGCCUUCUAUCAGCUUUGGCUGAUACCCCAGCUGCGUCCGUUUCUUGAGAUGAACGACCUCAAAACAGAGGUACAUCUGCUGGUCACCUCCAGACUGGAUUACUGAAAUGCGCUCUAUGUGGGGUUGCCCUUGUAUGUAGUUUGGAAACUGCAGUUGGUCCAGAAUGCAGCAGCCAGGUUGGUCUCUGGGUCAUCUUGGAGAGACCAUCUUACUCUCAUAUUGAAGGAGCUACACUGGCUGCCGAUAUGUUUCCGGGCAAUAUACAAGGUGUUGGUUAUAACCGAUAAGGCCCUAAUCAGCUUGGGUCCUGGGUAUUUAAGAGAACGCCUUCUUUGUCAUGAACCCCACCGCCCACUGAGAUAAUCAGGAGAGGUCCGUCUGCAUUUGCCACCGGCUCGUCUGGUGGCUACUCAGAGACGGGCCUUCUCCGCUGCUGCCCCAAGGCUUUGGAAUGUGCUCCCUAGUGAAAUAAGAGCCUCCCCAUCUCUGACAGCUUUUAAAAAGUCUUUAAAGAUGCAUCUGCUCACCCAGGCUUUUAAUUAAUAUGGUUUAAUGGUUUUAAUGCUGUUCUAAAAUAUUAUUUAAAUUUUUUAAAAUUGCUGUUUUGGUUUAAACUUUUUAUUUUUGUUUUAACUGAUGCUUUGCUUCCUGUUUUUAUGUGAACCACCCUGAGAUGUAAGUUUUGGGCGGUAUAAAAAUAUGUUAAAUAAAUAAAUAAAUAAAUAAAUAAAUGAGUCAAUAACAUGGGUUUGAAGAGAACCCCUGGUGCAUCCAGGACAGAAAUGGAAGAAGGUUGACAGCAUCAAUAAUUCCCCCCUUAGCCCUCCGUGAUGCUGCAGUGCUUUCCAGUGGGUCGUCCUCUCACAAGGCUCCAGCGUUGACCAAGGACUCUGUACUGUGCUGAAAUGUGCUUUCAACUUCAGGGCUGCCUUUUGUGUCUUGUUCUUUUCCUUGAUCUUUCGAUUUUUGAGCCAGAGAGAGACUCCACUGAAUGCAAGUAGGCACAAAGAGAGGAUAAAGAGAUGCUGACAAUACCUAUUGCAGUUCCUUUUGUCUCGGGUAGGCGAUGGCAUUGCACUCACAUGUGUGCUCCUGGCUCUCACUGGCACAUGUGGAAUGAGCAUGCCUGUCCUCUGAGGUCACCUGGAGGGGGCCUUUGGUGCAUCCCGCCACCUUCAACGGUCUAGCUGGUGGUGAAGUAUGGAAGGGCCUUCUUUGUAGUGGCACCCACUUUUUUGAUUUCUCUGCCAUGUGAGAUCAGGCAAAUCCCAUCCAUCCUGAGGUUCGCUUGCCUCUCUUUCAGCAGGCAUUUUUAAUGUCCCUGUGAGCCAAACUGGCAGCCCUUGUAUUGAAAUCGUACUGUGAAUCUUGCUGUUGCAUUCCCUACCUUUUAAAGCUUUUGUUAGAAUUGGAUUGCUUUUUAUUGUUUUUCACAGCAAUGAUAUUAGCCACCAUGCUCAACCCAUCACUGGAAUGGAAAGCCUGGAUGUGAAAGAUAUGUAAAUAAAAUUCUUAAAAUAGUGGA